AAGAAUCCAGUUAAAAUGUCGUCGUCCAGGCUUCACGGAAAGAGCAGUUCAGGCCUCACUGGACUUCUGGUCCUGUUGGUCGUCAUAUGUCUUGUACAAAGUGCUACAGAGCAGCGAAUUAAUAGAGGUAGCAAAUCAACAAGCCUUAUUCAGAAAGUCAACGGGUGGCGCAGUCAACGCGGAGGAUCCUGCUUAAGCUAUGGCCAUUCUUGCUGGGGAGCUCACGGCAAGCGGUCAGGAAAAUCUCUCUCCAGCGCCCCUGACUGGUAUCUUACAAAGAUCCUACGCAAUAUCGCUGCAAACUCUGAAAUGAACCGCAACGACGAAGCGAAAAACACCGAACUCAACGACAUCUUGCGGAUGGAUGUGGCUGGCGAUGCAUCCCCUAUGAACACGCAAAUGUUCGAGAACGCAGAUUCUCCAGUUGUGGUGCGAUCGAGGAACAUGGAAGCUAAGCCUAUGCUGGAUGACAACGUGCUCGCAAACAUGAAGAUGUGGCAACUACUGAGGCAGACAGAAGAUAAAUGAAUACGUAGAAGAUAAAAAACCGAGUGGACUGACGUUCUAAAUUUAAAUUAAAAAAUGAAUUUAAUUAAGCAAAAUAUAAUCUAAUGAAAUUGUUACCUAUUUUUUUUUUUAUUUAAUACUCUACAAAAUGUUCUAUAUAAAUUGUCAGUUGUAAGGCUG